UACUGUUGCAGUCAUUAAACAAUCUAUCUGUUUUCUCAAAAAUAGCCGAUUCUUAUGUUUCUUACUGCGGUAUAUAUAAAAUGUUAGCUACAAUGCAUCUAUCUUGGUUGUGUGGGUUUGGAUGGGUUGCUUGAACAUUAUGUGUAUGUAAAGGCUGCACUGAAGACUGAAAUAGAAGCAAAAUGAGUGGUUUAGUUGUGGAUGAAGGUUCGGGCAGAGCUUCUUCUAAUGGUUAUGUCCGCCAUAGGCGUUCAAGGAGUGCUUCAGAAAGAAACUUGAAUCUUCCGAAAGGUGGUGGUCCAGAUCACACACAGAAGGACUUCAAUGGAUCACAUGGAUUGCCACCUUCAACACGGAGCUGCAGAGCGAGUCCACUUCAUGAAUACUCUGAUAAUACCAACAUGGAUGUUGUUCCCAACCACAGAGUUUCCCUGGAAAGAGAUAUCGAACAGUUGCAAUUGCGGUUGCAGCAAGAGAGAUCAAUGAGGAUGUUGCUUGAGAGGGCGAUGGGACGAACUUCUAGCACUCUGUCCCCUGGCCAUCGACAUUUUUCAGCCCAGACUAAGGAGUUGAUAGCUGAAAUCGAGUUACUUGAAGAAGAGGUUGCAAACCGUGAGCAUCAUGUUCUUUCUCUAUAUAGGAGCAUUUUUGAGCAAUGCACUAGCCGUCCAUCUUCUGAACAAAGCUCAGUUGUGACUUCUCCAGCACAUUCAAAAAGUGAAUCAAGGAAGCACCCUAGUAUAAUUUCCAGUGCCUUUUGUUCAUCAAAAAAGUUUCCUUUAUGGACUUUACAAGCUCUUGCUGCUAUGAAUGACUCAGUCAAAAGAAAUUCACAAUCCAAAACAAAACAUGCUUCAUUCCUUAGUGCUAAAACUGAGGAACACAUUCAGAAAAGUUGUUCAGAAAAUGCUAAGGAUCAAAGAUGGGCACCAGCAGUAGAUAAAGCUCGUUCCAUACGAACUCUGAAAGAUCAUCUCCACCAGUGUCCAAGUAAGUUGUCAGUGGAAAUGGUGAGGUGCAUGUCCGCGGUGUACUGCUGGCUCCGGAAGACAAUCCCUGUGAAUCCAGGACAAAAACAAUCAACUUUGUCAUCAAUGUCUUCCGCUAAUGUCAUAAUUCCUCGGCAUGAUAUUAAAGAGGACAAAGAUUGGUUCUGCAAAUCAACAAUUGAAGUAUCUUGGAUAUCAACUAAUAAAAAUAACUUCUCCCGCGCAUCUUAUGCAAUCAACAACUACAGACUCCUGGUGGAGCAACUGGAAAGGGCGAACAUCUCUCAGAUGGAAACGAAUGCCCAGAUAGCAUUCUGGAUCAACGUAUAUAAUUCCUUAGUUAUGCAUGCAUAUCUAGCCUAUGGCAUACCACAAAACUCUCUUAGAAGGUUGGCCUUGUUUCACAAGGCUGCUUACAAUGUUGCUGGCCAUGUAGUAAGUGCAAAUGCCAUUGAACAGUCAAUCUUUUGCCUGCGGACUCCACGGAUAGGACGGUGGCUGGAGGCUAUCCUUUCAACUGCUAUUAGGAAAAAAUCUGGAGAAGAAAGAGAACGCAUCAGCUCAAAACUUGGCCUCAAAAAACCUCAACCCCUUGUUUGCUUUGCGCUUUGCACAGGAGCUUUUUCUGAUCCUAUGCUAAAAGUAUACACAGCAUCAAAAGUUGAAGAGGAGCUAGAAACCGCGAAAAGGGAGUUUCUCCAGGCAAACAUAGUUAUAAAGAAGUUGAGGAAAGUGGUGUUACCAAAGGUGCUUGAGAGAUAUGCAAAGGAAGCUUGCAUUCCCUCCGAUGAUCUUUUGAAAUGGGUCGUGGAGAACGUGGACAAGAAGCUUCACGACUCAAUACAGAAAUGCGUGGAGAGCAGAAGCAGCAAGAAGGCUUCUCAGAUCGUCGAAUGGUCCCCUUACAGUUCCAGAUUCCAGUAUGUGAUCUCAAAAGAUUUAGCAGAGAAACCAUGGUGGACUUAGUUUUAAUGAAGAAUGAAUGUAGAGUGGCAUAACUGAUAAAGAUAUUCCACAAGAUUCUUCUAUCUGAUGCAACGCCCAUCUUGUCCUUGUAAAUUGACUUCUUUCUCACUGAACAUUGCUGAUUCAUAUAAAAUUUUGGGAUUUACCCCCACCA